CGCUGGCCCAAACCGACGGCAGAGGGCUCGGCCCGUAAUUUCUCUGGUUUUUUCCCUUGUGACCUUGAACCCCUUCUUCGUCCUGGCUAGUCAAAUCGGAACUCGCAGGGGAUUCUCAUGGUGGACGGCGAGCUCGGAGGAACCAGCGCGUGGGGUCAGUAGCCGGAAUCCCAGGUUUCGUGUAUCCCCGCCAUGCCGGAGUCGAGCUCGGAUCCGGGCAAUGGCAAGGGCAAGAGGAGCCUCCCUUCCUGGAUGGGCUCCGGCGACGGCGGCGGCGGCGGGGGAAGUCCGGGCAAGAAGAAGCACGCGGAGGCGGCCCGCGAGAGGGCCCCAACAGGGCCGGAUUUCUCCAAACUCUUGGAUGGGGUGGUCUUUGUGCUGUCAGGGUUCGUGAACCCUGAGAGGGGCAGGCUGCGCUCCCAGGCGCUGGAUAUGGGGGCGGUGUACCGGCCCGAUUGGUCGUCGGAUUGCACGCUUCUUGUUUGCGCGUUUGCCAACACCCCCAAGUUUCGGCAGGUGCAGUCGGAGAACGGGACCAUCGUCGCCAAGGAAUGGAUCUCAGAAUCUCACAGCCAAAGAAAACUCGUUGACAUUGAGCCUUACCUUAUGCAUGCUGGAAAUCCAUGGCGCAAAAAUAAAGAGCCAGCUGAAUCCAGUCAAGGUGAUCAGAAGAAGCCACGUAAAGAGCAUGAAAGGCAACUUGAGAAGACUCAUGCUAAGACACCGCCCUCUGCUGCCACUAAGGCAGGACAUUCAGGUGCUAUAAAUAAACAAUUUUCCCCUUCGAAAAUUAAACAAUGGGCAAUGGAUGAUUUUGCGAAGACAAUAUCAUGGUUGGAGAGCCAAGAAGAGAAGCCAGAGCCAAACGAAUUGAAGGCAAUAGCUGCUGAAGGGGUUAUCACUUGUCUGCAGGAUGCCAUUGAAUCCCUCGAGCAAGGCAAUGAUAUCAGUGGGGUGGCAGAGCAGUGGAGCUUUGUCCCCCACGUUGUGGACGAGCUAGUGCGGCUUGACGGAGAGGGAUCGUCGCUGUCUAAAGAACAGCUCGCCCAACUAGCAACCAAAUGCAAGAAAAUCUACCAGGCCGAGUUUGCCCAGAUGGACAGUGGUGGCAAGAAGGGCAACGAGCGUCCUGGGAAGACCGGAGCGGACGACGCUCAGUACGACAGUGAUGAUACGAUCGAGAUGACGGAGGAAGAGAUCGAUCUGGCUUGCAGACAGUUCUCAGGGAUUAGUAGCUAGGUCAGGAAAAGUUCUUUAGCAGAGGAGAGAAAGGGCUAUGUAUCACUGAGCAUGGUAUCGCCGACAGUGAUCGGAACACACUUAUUAUCACUGAGUUUUAGUGGAGUUUUUUUAUUGCGGGGAA